AUGAUGACGGGAACAGCACCCAAUUCAGCGGGGAGUGAUUCGACGGAACCCUGGGAUGAACGAGGCGACAAAAAAAGUGCUCUUGGGACAUCCAACAACAAAACCAACACCAAUAAACCUACCGGGACAACGGCAGGCCUGUUGGUCAACACAACGGGAGGAGACAUGAGACGAGACCGAUUCGUCUAUGACGAACCUGAGCUAGAAGAUGGUGAUCUUCCUAGACUCAACAUUUCCACGAGUGCUGUGGCUGCGGCCAACGCUAACCGAGAGCGAAAGAAACUAAUUCCGCCAACAACAAACGCCACUACCAGUACUACGGAAAGCAAUUUGCGGAAAACCAACUCGGAUGGCAGUGAAUUGAGGAGACAACGGGAGUUCUGGAAACAGCUCGAUUCCCCCUCGUCCUUGUCCAACGAUGAAGAGGCGCGAAAAGCCAGAAACCAAAGGAAUGAGACCAAAGACAAUAAACGAACUGCCAAAAAACAAGCCAAAACCGAUAAGCGGGAUGGUGACUACAUGGAACGACUCAGAAGAACCAAUUCAGAUGAUAGCGAUGACACCAGGGAAACCAAAGAGUUCAUUGUAGGGGAAGCGGAUAACAAUUUCUGUGAACAUACGCUUAGUGCUAUGGAAGCCAUUUGCGGAGACAAUGCCUUGCAAGCAUUCUGUGGAGGAGUACCCAACACACCCGCUACGACUGGACCUCCAGGAGCCAAUUCCAAACUCACAGACGGUAGUCCAGCUCGGCCCAAAAGAGCAAAGAAUCUGAACAUCCUCAAUGCAAAGGGGGACGGGGAUGCAGUCGACGAACACACUGCCAUUGAAGUGGAAUACGUAGAACCUGAAGAUACAAAUGGGAUCCCUCAAGAUCGACCGGAAAACUGGAGUCCCUCCAGAAAGAACGCAUACUUGGCCGCCAUGGCGAGAAAGGCAAAGGAGGACUUUGAAAAGAAUCAGGCCAUGGAGGUGGCUGCGCAGCAGGCACCCAAACCACAAAAAAGAAGUUCCAAUCCUGCUGCAACAGAAACAGCCGACAAUAUCUACAAUAGUUUCAAUGCUGCAGAAAAACGAAAGUUCCUUAGGCUCAUCAACAGCGGCAUGACACCAAAAGAAAGUGCCGACCGGGUGGGCACAGAACGGGACAAGGCUAAGGAAUCAAAACCAAAACCAAAGAAAGGAAAGAUGUUCAAGUUCUGGAAGAAGGGUUCAUCCAAGGCCAAAGCAAACGACUCCACUGACGAAGAGCAAAACAUUUCCAUGCAAGAACACUCUCCAGUGGAGCCAUUUCCGCAAGAGGAAAAGAAGGAAGACGAUGGCCAUUUCGCUUCCGAUGAACGUGGACUUCUCGAGAAAGAAGAAGCAAUGCCAUCACCAGCAACAGCAACAGCAACAUCCAUACCUAUUGAGUAUUCAAGCUCUUCCGAGAGUGGUCCAGCCAUGCAGAGCCACGAGUCUCGAACUGAAUCUGACGAAGAUGAUGAUCGCAGGGAAAGUGAAUCAGAGUCAACGACGGGCGAGUCGAAACCUUCGUCCAAUGAUAAAAGCCAGGAUCGCAGCCUCAAUGUCAGCGAUGCGACAGGGAUCCAGACUGCUUUUUCAGAGGAUGCCCUGGAUGACAGUGCUGUGUCUCCUGUCAAGGACUCGGACUCUCUUCUGGGUAUCACAACCCCACCGCCAGAACCCAUCCCUUCUCCUCGCGUUGGUGGCGGCGAUUCCAAGGAAGACUCCAGAGAUGUCGCAACAACAUCUGAGCCUAGUGAUGAUGACAAGGAGUCUUCAACGUCUGAUGCUAGGUUUGCUGUGAGCGGCAUCAACUAUUACGAUGCUGUACGGCGUGAUGUUUUCGAAGCUGAACCUGAGGACGAACUGGAAUCCUCUGCUAGGAAUGCGUCUUCCUUGUCGAGAAACCGCAGUAGUAGUCAACGUAGCUCGAGACUACCCGUAGUUGGUCCAAUUCUACCAAAGCUCCAAGGAUUUGCGAAACUCCCCAAAGGUGGAAGCAAAUCGUUGGACGAAGACAACAGCAGCAGAUCCAGACGCGAUGCAAAGUUUUCUGAACCGGUAACAAGGGCAUCCUCACCCAAGGCUUCAACCGUCACGCCUGACACAACAACCAAGACAGUGCCAGAAGCUACUCCCAAAGAUAUGAAUCCCAGCCCAAAGCCACUUGAGUUGCUCUCUACCCGUGUUGAGAGAAUGGAUGCAAAUUCUACCAUGGAAUCGAUCGGAAACGAAGGACCAGUUGCAGAGACAAAGUCCGAAGAGGAGGCUCUUGGAAACUUGGAGGAUGUACUGCUUCGUCCUUUUGGUGGCAACACUCUAUCAUCAGGCCAGAAAGUCGGCAAGAAGGAUGCCAUGGAUAUCUCGCAGAUGGAUCCCUCACCCCGUUUAGUCACGCCACCAGUGAAAUCCAAGAAGGAACGCCCCAACGAAGCAUUUUUUGAUCCGCCUUCUACCAAUCGUAGCCAAACCGCCAGAACGCCAAAGUCUGCUUCGGCGGCGAUUGACACGGGUUUUGACAUUCAUGAAUACCUGAGUGCAACCGAGGGAUAUUCGCAUGCUGGAGGAGACGCCAACGAAUCAAUGUCGGUGGUCAGCGGCAAGAGCUAUUCCACCAAUGACACUGGUGUUCGAGGCGCUGGAUCCGUUUAUACGCAGUCAUCCACCCUAACGACUUCAUCGAGGAAACGGAGGCCCGGAGCAGCAAAGUCUCGCCUUGCAAAGGCCAAGGAAGCUGAGAAGCAUUCAGCGAAGAAGCAGGGGUGGCACGAGUCUAUCCGAGCUGCCGCAGAGUCCACCAAGCGUGUCUGGAAGCCAAAACUGGGAUGGGUGGACUACAAAGAACCAGCAACAGAUCAAUCUAUCGCAAUGGAAUCCAUGGACAGGAGUAUUGCCGAUUCGACACCCCAAACACCUUUGCUGAGUACUAGUACCUCUUCUGUCCAACGGAACACGGAUACGAUGCAUCUGAAGCUGCCGAUUUCGAAAAAGAAGAAGCCUCCCCUGUCGGAGGAACUGCCUUUUGCGAAUUCAAGCGCAGCGAGCAUGAAUGAGUCCGUUGCCGAAUCGCUUUUUAGUGCGGAAGAAGCCCCGUCUGUUAGGACGAUGAAUCUUUCACCCCCAAAUGUCCCCGUUGUGAAGAAGGCUGAGGAAGCAAUCAUCGACAGCAGAACUGCGUCGCAGUCGAAUGUGAACAGGGCUGUGCUGUUGGAAGAACCACCCAUACGCAGGAACCCUCUUCUUUUCGAGGACAUGGCUCUGUCGAAUACCCCUGAAGGUUACCCAGUGCCACCCCAACACAAAGGCCCGACGGAUUCUAAACGCUCGAAUAUUGCAGCCGUAGCAAGGCCUACCCUGUUGGAUGAUUUGCCAGCCGAUGAAUUCGACGCAAGUCGAGCGGAAUUUGCCAUCCACGGAAACAAGGCAACAUCAGCGCAGCAUAAUCAGGAAGGCGUGGCUUCCAUCGCAACAGAGGCACUACCCGAAAUUCGAGCUGUGACUGUGACUGGUAAUGAACACGAGAGCUCUGUUCCGAUUAAUUCAGCCGAGAAGCAAACGCAGCUUGAUAGCAGCUACCUCGACACGACUGGAGACAGUUCAAUUCCGCCGCCGCCGCCGGCGGUGCCAGCUUCAAUCGACGACAUUUCCAUCGAGCAGUCGGUUGCGUAUUCAGUGGAACAGUUUGUUCAGUCAGUAGGCACGGCGUCCCCCGCGAGAUCGAGCAGGAGAAAGCCACAGGCUGUUCGGUCACCUAACCGUGCACUAAGGGCCAAUCCUGCCACUUCAAAACAGUCAGGGUGGGUUGAUUCCAUGCGUGCAGCUACUGCAAACAUUGCAAAGGAUAGACAAGUCUGGGAUCCAGUAUCUGGUUGGACUGAAGUAAGUGUCAAUCCCCAGGACGGACCAGUUGAGGACGACCUUUCGACGCAAUCGUACCGUCAGAAAGAAAAGCGGGCGGAGCCCCACUCUCUGAGGAACGGUGGAAGGAUUCAAGCGAACAAUAUGGAGGGUACACUUGACGACAGCAAUAUCACGAAACCCAGCAUUGCCGCGGAGAGGGUAAAGCAGCCUCUUGGUGAAACGUCUUUGCCAGCACACGACUCCGCUUUGCAGGGAAGUCGCGUCGAUCACUACCAAAUGGAUGUGGCUGAUGAUGGCGGCGGUGGUGAUACCCUAAAACUACCCCCAUCAAGAUUUGGAAGCAAAGCGAAGGCUGGCAAACAUGACAAAGUUCCAUUGCUUGAUCCAGCUAAAGGCUUUCCUUCGGAGAGUGUGAAAAUGACGCCUACGGUUAACGUCGUAAAAGAAAAGGUCGACGAAGAGGAUCGAAAUUGGUUUCCAGAAUCACGAAGGAGUUCUGCAAAGGCCGCCCCGACUAAGCAAGAAACAGCUAAGCCCGUGAACAUAUCGAUGGACACUUUGGAAGGAACAAUCUCGACAAAUUCUCCGAAGGACGAGCGAAAACGAGGACCAGUUGAUGUCGACACGGUCGAUGAAGUUUACGACGAAGAUGGCCUCAAGGACCAGGGACUCAUUUGGAAUGGAGUGGUUUUUGAGUCGGACAACCAAGAUAGCCAUGUUCAGGCUCCGGCCAUUUCACCUACUUUGCACGAGGCUCCACAAAACCAAGCAGGUGACUCGCCAAAGUCAGGAUCGACGGUUGCUUCGUUGAGCCAGUUCUCGAAGAUUGUUCCAAAGCUGACAUCAAACAGGAGAGACACGACUCCAAUGAACCGGGGAGGUUCAACUGACUUGUCCGUGGAUUCCUGGUCGUCGCCGACGAGGUCGAGAACAGGCGACACACCUUCCAACAAGUGGAGUGACCAAGCUUCAUCACCAGAGCCAUCAACGUCACCUGGAAGGUUGGGUGCUGAAAUGAUGAAUGAUGGCCUUCGUGACUCCCACGAGCCACCGGAGGCACGUUUCCUCCAUGAUCAAAGAGCGAGAGACAGGGGUGCUAGCUCAAACUAUCAAGAUCGAAACCUGGGAGACAGGAAUGGUGGCUCAAACUACACGGAAAAUGACCACCACGUGAAUCAAAGCACUGUCGCAGGAGAUGGUGGCCUUGCUUCUGAAAUGCUCCAUAAUGGAGAUCCCACAAGUUUCGAGGAAAGAGGCGGUUCGAAACAUCCGACAGGAAAUCCGAGACGGUAUGAAAACAGGGGCGAGCAAUCGAGGCGAUCUCCUAUACCCGCAGGCAAUCUUAGAGCGUUCGAAGAGAGCGGGGAGACUGCAACACACUCACCACUCCCUGCGGGAAACCCAAGAGCGUUUCCGGAGAGCAGAGCAGAGACGGCGAGACAAUCUCCCAUCCCCACGGGCAAUCUCAGAGCUUUCGACCAACCGCCUCCCCCACCGCCGCCUCCCCCUCCUGCAAAUCGCAGAGAAUUCGAGGGAACGGGAAUAGAACGCAGGACGCACCCUUGGUCUUCUUCAAACCGCCCGAGUAGGACCGGCAACUUAAAUGCAGGAGAUGAAUCGAACACUGGCGGCCGACCCACUCCGUAUUCGCAAAGGAGACAAAUGGAUUUUGAUGUUCACCCGGUGGAUGUUGAACCCACUGAAGGAGACUCCGAGUCCCAAAAUGUGAGGCAUAAAGCUCAACAGUGGGAGAGUAGAUCUCCCACCAACAUACCGCAUGGCGACCGCCGUGAAAAUCCUGACGAGAAAGAGCAGAACAGGCUGAACGCAGCAACAGCUGAAUGGAAGUCUUUCCUAGGAAAGAAAGUGCAAGCAGAAAGCGCAGCUGCCGAGCAACAUGGGCUACAACUCCACCAUCUUGACCAUCAAGUGGACCCAAAGAUGCGCCGCCCCUUGGAACAAAACGAUUCCAUCUUUGAAUUCAGUUUGGAUGAGACGUCUGUUGAAAGUGACAACCGCUCGCAGCCACAGCGCAGAGAUUACCAAGGAAACAAUCCAAUGGAGAGCUCCAGGGAUGUAAAGAAUAUUUCUCAAGAGGUGAUGAGUGACUAUUCGGACGGAAAUGAAAUCAACAAAUCAUUUCUUACGCGGCUUGCCGGUUGCGCGGCUCCUAUGAUGCCAAAACGGGGCCAAGGUCCCGCUGCCGAGGCCAUGGCUCAUUUGUCUUUCCUCCGAACAAACCCGAAGGUUGACAAAAGUGCGAGAUUUAUGCCUCCGUAUCUUUGCGGAAGACCAGACGUGAUCAUUGAGGAAAGAGAGAGCGAAGGAGACGGGGACGAGCAAGAAGGAGGUGCAAUACAAGAUGGAAAUGGUCUUUCAAGGGAGGACCUGACAACACACAAUUCGCAGCAGGGCAGCAGAGGUGUCGAAUCAAAGGGUGGUGCUACUCCCAGUGUCAUCUCGGAUGAUUUUGGAGCCAAAACUGCCUAUUUAGAGGCACUUGCGAUGAAGACGGCUGUCUCGAAGCCGCGGAAGAGUGACAAAAGACGCAAAGGAUCUUCUGCAGCGUCUGAUGUCUCUACCACCUCUACACAGACGAGCCACAGAGAGAAAUGGAGGGACUUCCUGGACAAGAGAGGGGUCAGUCCUGGUAAACAGAGGCCUAGCGGUGGCAGCGAAACAUCCACUGUCACUGCGGCGGAAAAGUUUGCUGCGAAUCAGGUGAACGAAAUGAUGGCACUGAUGGCGUCGCGUUCGAAGACUGGGAAUCGCAGCAGUUGGCGAAAUCCUGAAGGAGCCGCCAAUGACAAGCGAUCUCAGGUUAUCGAUAAGAUGAUUCGAGAUCACGAUGAAGCAGCUGGCAGCAGACAGCAGAAGAGCGAUUCCGUUGUUGCGGCGGAACAACUGGCGUCGGCCCGAGUCAAUGCCAUGCUGACCGCUUUGGCACAGGAUAGCCCCCCAGCGGAUCAAGGCGAAAUAUGA